GAGGAUUGUGCUUUCGCUUUCAUAUCUCAUACUACCGUAAUACGACGCACCAUGAAAGGGCAUCAAGCAGCAGAGCUAGACGACUUCAAACUGAAAGAUGAAGCAACGGUGAUCCGUGAUGUUGGCCUUGGACAGGUAUUGGAGGUUGAGGCGAUAUCAGAGCAGGAAAGGAAGGUUCUGAGGAAGUUAGAUAUAAUAUUGAUCCCAUUAAUGGGAGUAUGCUACAUGAUGCAGUACAUGGACAAACUGGCUCUAAGUCAGGCUACAAUGUUUAACCUACGACAAGAUUUACACCUUAAAGGCCAAGAAUACACAUGGACGUCUGCCGUCUUCUACUUUGGAUACUUUGCCUGGAGUUGGCCCAGCUCGUACCUCAUCGUCCGUCUGCCGCUUGGAAAGUAUAUCAGUGUCUCAGUACUUGUAUGGGGAGGAAUCUUGAUGUGCCACGCGGCCGUGAAGAGCUUUGGAGGGUUGGUAGCGGCCAGAUUCUUCCUAGGAGUAGGCGAAGCUGCCAUUGCCCCCGGCUUCUCUCUCAUCACCGGCAUGUUCUACAAGCGUGAGGAGCAGCCAGCACGCCAAUCUGCCUGGUUUCUGGGUAACUGCAUCUCAACCGUCAUCGGCGGCGUUGUCGCCUACGGCAUCGGCAGCAUCAAAAUACACGCCAUUGCGAGCUGGCAACUUCUCUUCCUCUUCCUCGGAGCCAUCACCGCAUUCAUCUCUUUCUUUCUCCUCAUCUUGCUUCCCGAUUCACCCAAGAAAGCCAUCUUUCUCACCAAACCCGAACGCGCCAUCGCCGUGCAACGGACACUCAGAAACAAAACCGGAGUUCUGGACGAGGGCUUAUUCAAAUGGGACCAAGCAUGGCAAGCCGUCCGUGACCCCCAGACAUGGUUCCUAGUUUUAUAUACCUUCUGUGUCAACCUCUGCAACGGAGGCAUCACCAGCUUCUCCUCCAUAAUAAUUAACGGCUUCGGUUUCACCGAAAUCAAGUCUCUCCUCAUGCAAAUGCCUCUCGGUGCCGCGCAAAUCAUAUUCCUCGUCCUAACCGCCACCCUGGCCACCCUAAUCCCCAACACGCGAAUCCUGAUGAUGAUUUUCAACACCAUCGUCUCCACAAUCGGGAUGAUCCUGGUCUGGAAACUCGACGAAGAUAACCGCAAGGGCCGUCUAACGGGUCUCUCCCUCGGGGCGGUCUUCGCCGUCAACAUCCCUCUUUCACUGAGUAUCAUCAGCUCUAACGUUGCGGGGUUCACGAAACGGAGUACCACCAGCGCGUUACUUUUCAUUGCGUAUUGUGUGGGGAAUAUUGUUGGGCCGCAGUUUUUCUACGCGUCGGAGGAACCGUACUAUCCUACGGGCAUGAAAGCGGCAAUUUCGGGGUUGGCGCUUGGGGCUUUCUUUUUGAUUUGCUUACUGGGGUACUACGUGUGGGAGAAUCGGCGUCGGAAUCGUCUUUUUGGGGUGCCCGGGCAGAUGACGGAGAGUCAGGAGUUGGCCUUGGGGUUGUCGAGUAUGACGGAUUUAGAGAUUGAGGGGUUUCGGUAUGUUUUGUAG